AGGAUUGAACUUGGCGAUUCAAGCAGGUGCAGAUCUCUGAGCUUUACCGGCGCCACUCCGAACUCGUCCCUGAUGCGCAGUCCUCCUCUUCAUGCUGUCUCUUCUUCCUCCAACUCUUCCAUCGAGCAGAGCAGGUUCCCUUCCCCUCUUCCGGCCGUGUGAUUUGAUGUUUCUUUUGUGAAUUGGACUUGAUUUGAUUUGCGGGCCUUGUGUACAGUAGAUGCCCUCAUCAACCUGCCUGCAGCCAGCCGUGCAGCCGCAGCAGAUUGACGAGGAGGACUGAUGACGACAAUGGAGGAAGACUGAAUCAAGCUGAAAAUGCAUUGAGAUAAUGUGGGAAUGGAAAAUGAGGUAAAAAACUGAACCUGCUGGUCGAUAAUGAACUCUUUCUCCUUCAGGUUAUAUCACAAACUUGAAAGCAGGAGUAAUUUUCUUCCCAGAAGUUUGCACAAUUUAAUCUAGGAUCAUGGUCCUGGUCAAUGUUAGGGGCAAUAGUAGUAAAGCCAACAAAAAAAUGGGCAAUUUAUAAGUUUCUGUCCGUGAUGUCUGAACAAAUGCAACAAAUUUGUCUGUACAGUAUGAUUGCUGAAAAUGGACCGUCGUAUAUACCUGUACAAGGUUGGGGAGGCAUGGUCAGCGUUGGUGUUCUGGUGCAGGUCGCCGGAGCCCGGAGAGAGGAGAGGUCGUCACGUCGAGCUCAUGGGGAUAGGGCAGCCACCACUGUCGCCUCCCGCGACGACAGAGCAAAGCUUGAAGAUCAUGGCUAUUAUUGUGAAGUUCUCAAGGUGAUGAGCUUACUCGAGUGCUUUCCCCUGGAGACUUUGCAUUUCCAGGAGUACUUAAAUGCACUUCAUCCAAGGACGAUGCAAGCCAUUUACCAGAAAGCAGAAGCAGAUUUUGGUGAGGAGUACCUGCCUGGAGUGGUGUGUGUUGCGAUGACCAGGCGGGGGCGCAGCGACGAUCUGUCUGGGCAGCGGGGCAAGGACGCUAGGGCGGCGGCGACGAUCUGUCUGGGCAGCGGGGCAAGGACGGAGGAGCCUGGUGGAGGGUCCUGCUGGUGGAGGGCGGAGGAGGAGGAGGAGGAUGGGCUUGCUGCUGGUCUGGACGAGCAGCAGGAGGAGGAGGAGGGGCCUGCUGCUGACCUGGAUGCGCUGCCCUGGAGGAAGACAAUGAGGAAGACGACGAUCUGA